GAAUCUGUUGAGACACUUUUUUGUCUCCAUUUCGUGGGCACUUCGUCUGUCACUGAAAUUGUCUUUGGGUUUCGCUAAUUAUCUUUCACCAGGAGCGUUGAUAUUCGCAGUCCGCUUGUUUGCCUUAUCCGAUCUUGCCUCAACCUUGGCGGUGAUCAGUAUAAUCUUCUACAUUCCCCUCACCACAGGACAUUGCCUUCACGCUUCCCUACCAUUUCCCUUGUCGGAGUAUCCAAUACAUAGUACGCCAUGAAUGACGACGUGGUGGCUCAGUUUUCUGAGAUUACCGGCUCCAGUCCGGGGCUGGCCAACCAGUACUUGCAGCUGGCCGAUUUCAACAUCGAGCAGGCUAUGUCGCUCUACUUCGAAAACGGAGGUGCACCUUUAACAGAUGAGCCCUCGACGACAGAGCCUCAAAGAGCUCCUGCUCACCAAGACGAACCUGGCGUCGUUCACAUCGACUCCGACGACGAUGUCACCGUUGACGAAACGCGGUCAGCGCCUCGGGGCCGGCCAGCACCAGCAGCGGCCUAUGAAGACGAUGAGGCUAUGGCACGACGUCUUCAGGAAGAAAUUUACGGUGCAGGUGGUAGUGGAGGAGGUGCAGGAGAAGGGGAUGAUGUGCGGGCACCGAUGGCGCGCACGACAGAAACUCUGGUGGGACCAGAGGAAGAUCUCGAUGAUGGCAUGCACGCCAGUAUAUUGUCUCAGUUGCGGUCUCGUGGUCAACGAAGCAACCGACCUGGCAUCUUCAACCAACGCGAUACCUCGUCCAUCUGGGCUGAAGACUCCGAUCAGGCCAAUCGCGAGAGGCUCGCAGCAGCUACCGGAGGUGCUUCCGAAACGUCGAAUAAAUCGAACAUGCUUGCUGAAAUGUACCGCCCACCGUUUGAGAUCAUGUCGAGGCUCCCGUGGGACGCAGCUCGUGAGGAAGGUCGCGAGAACGAGAAGUGGAUAUUGAUCAACAUUCAAGAUUCGUCGAUUUUCGACUGCCAACUCCUGAACAGAGAUCUGUGGAAAGACUCGACCGUCCAGGAAACUAUCAGAGAGCACUUUAUCUUUCUACAGUAUUCCAAAGACGACCCUCGUGCGACGCCGUAUCUGCAAUAUUAUUUCCAGGCGCACGAUGUCGGCGACAACUACCCCCAUAUCGCCAUUGUUGACCCUCGGACCGGCGAACAGAUGAAGGUUUUGUCACAGGGACCUCCCGUAAUCAAAGUAGCCGAUUUUCUGAUUCAACUUCACGAGUUCCUUGACCGAUACAGUUUGAAGGUCAACGUGCGGAACCCUGUGGCAAAGCGGAAGCCUGAGAAGAAGGAGAAGACUGUCGAUGCUAUGACGGAAGAAGAGAUGUUGGAAAUGGCGAUGCGGAAUAGCUUGGGCGAAGAAGCAACACAGACCCCCAAGGUGGAGGAUCCUGAUGAGUUGACUCGCAGUGUCGAAGAUGUCAAGGGCAAGGGCAAAGCCCCUGAAGUAGAGGACGUCAGCAUGGGUGGAGUGAAGGAAGAAGAACUCGAUCCCGAGACUUCGUUAUUCGCUUCGAUUCCAGCAGACCAGCCGCAUACAGAGCCUCCCGCUGACCCAACGACAACCACCCGUAUACAGUUCCGACACCCAUCUGGAAGAGUAAUCCGGCGCUUUGCUCUGUCCGAUCCUGUACGACGUAUUUAUGAAUGGCUGAAGGCUGAACCUCCUCUAGAGGACAAAAAGGGUGUUACAUUCGAACUCAAUGCCAUGGGUCGCAAUCUGAUCAACCAGCUCGACGAGAGCGUCGCAGAUGCUGGGUUGAAGAACGGAACAGUUAUGAUCGGAUAUCACGAAGAUUAAGAGGAGGAUAUUAAUGACGUCUUAUACCAAAUACUCUGGAUUGGGCUUGAGGAUACCAGGUGUUUAGACAGGGCUGGGACCAUGUCUCUUUGUGUGCCCUCUUCGCAGUACAGAGCUGGGCGACUUUCCUACAUUCUUACCAAUAUCAUGUAUACAUAAGUCAUGUAUCGAUUCUCAGUGUAAUGAUGCAGCAUUUAUGAAGAGAGGUUAGAGUGUUGACAAUAAUAACAAUCUUAAUUCG